AUGGCUUCAGAGCAACGCAGAAAGUGGUAUCACAUCAAGUGGUUUGCAGACGAUGACACGAAAGAGGAACGGCAGCUUAUCCUCAAGCUGGAUCUUCUGAUUGUUCCAUAUGCCUUUCUUGCGUACUGGACCAAAUAUAUAGACCAAUCCAACAUAAACAAUGCAUAUGUUUCGGGUCUUUCUGAUGACCUAAAACUGCAUGGUAAUGACCUCGUUCAUCUGCAGACAAUGUACACCGUUGGCGCGGUUCUGGGUCAAAUCCCCUUCGCAUAUCUCUUCACCAAAUUUCCAAUGUCCUGGAUUAUUCCAGCUUUGGAUAUUUCAUGGGGUGUGUUUACGCUACUGCAGUAUCGAGUGACAUCGUACGGGGAGUUGAUGGCUUACCGAUUUCUCGUCGGGUGGUUUGAGGCUGCAUUCUUCCCGGGCAUGCAUUACAUUUUCGGAUCUUGGUAUCGCGGGGAUGAAAUCGGCCGUAGAGGCGGCUGCUUUUAUGUCGGUCUCACUCUCGGAACGUUGACAUCGAGCUUAAUCCAAGCUGGCACGUCGGCAAGGCUUGACGGCGUCCAUGGCCUGGCAGGGUGGCGAUGGAUGUACAUUAUCUGUGCAAUCAUCACCAUUCCCAUUGGCUUGCUGGGAUAUCUGAUCUUACCCGGGACUCCUGACAAGCCGAAUAGACUAGAACAUUUCCGAUGGAAGGCGCUCUUGAACAUUGCUUGCAAUUGGAGAUUUUGGGCUUUACUCCUGCUGGAUAUUUUCUUCUGGAACGGAAGCGUCAACACCACUACAGGAGGGUAUCUUCUCUGGCUGAAAAGUCUCAAGAAAUUCUCGACCAGUCGCAUCAACGAGCUCAACGCGAUUUCUCCAGCAUUGGGGAUCUUCUACACGCUCUUCAUCUGUUUCUCAUCGGAUCUUUUGUUCGGCCCUGCCUGGGCUAUCACCAUUGCACACACUUGGAACAUCAUCGGGCUGGUGAUACUCGUCGUAUGGGAUGUCCCCCAGUCCGCGCUCUGGUUCGCAUUUGCCACAACCUAUUCUGCCGUCGCUAUGUCCAGUGUGCUCUACGGCUGGGUUAACAGUCAACUGCGCUACUCGCCUGUUGAACGAGCGGUGGCACUGAUCAUUUUGAAUGCCGUCUCGCAAUCAACGACCGCGUGGACGCCCUUGCUAGUCUUCAAGACUGUCGAGGCUCCUCGAUUCACUAAAGGGUACUCGUUCGUACUCGGUAACGCCAUAUGCUUAAUUAUACUGGCUCAUGCCAUUCAGUUCUUCACCCGACGAGAGGAGAGAAACCUGAAAAGAGCGGAAGGUAACUCCUACAUCAGCGACUCAGACGAAACGAGGGACAUUGAGCCUGGUGAUCGAGCAACCUUGCAGGUCUAUCCGGAGAAGUAG